AUGAAGAAGGCUUUGCCGGGCCUGGUCAUACUCUGGACCCUCGUCAGGACCUUUUCGUGCCUGGACAUGGACCUCCGUCCAUCGAGCGAGGACCAGGAGUCCUGGCAAAGAGGGAAUUCACGAGCCUCUUUAGCCGAGAGACCAACGAGGAUAGUCGGAGGCAAGGAUGCGGAAAAGGGUCGACAUCCUUGGCAAGUGUCCAUUCACUGGGGGGAUCCAGGACGAGGAUUAAAAAUGAGACACGUAUGUGGAGGCAGUCUCUUGACGGCAGGUUGGGUCCUGACUGCAGGACACUGCGUCACCUUGGCUCCUGGAGGACCUUCCCCGGGACGUUUCCUCGUCCUGGCCGGAAAAUACAAACUUGGAACUCGGGAGGACACCGAGCAGAGGGGUCGUGUCCUGGAGAUAUUCAUUUAUCCUGACUACUCCGGAGGAGUGGCACCCUACGACAUCGCCCUGAUGAAGCUGGAGCACCCCUUCGAGUUGAACCCCUUCGUCUCCACGGUGUCGCUUCCUUACCCCGAAGCUCCCCCCAAGGGCGAGGCCAUGCUCACGGGAUGGGGCAGUACCGGAAGGACGAGGGCUGUCGAACUUCCUGAAAUCCUGCAAGGUGCCAUCCUGCCGAUCAUCGAUUACAACCUCUGCAAGGAAACCCUGGACGUCUCCCUACGCCACGAGGGCAGGAACCCUCUUCAUCCCUCCAACCUUUGCACGGGUCCUUUGAAUGGCACCUUAUCGGCCUGCAAGGGUGACUCGGGAGGGCCAUUGGUGGUGAUUAACGACUUCGGCCAAGCGGAAGUCAUCGGCGUCGUUUCCUGGGGCUUGUUCCCCUGCGGGGCCAGAAACGCCCCCUCGGUUUACACCAGAGUGUCCGCCUUCGUCGCGUGGAUCCACAAGAUCAUGCUGAAUCACUGA